AUGGAAUAUAAUCAUUAUAAAAAGAAAACUAAUAGAUGUAUAAGCUUUAAUAGUUUAAAUGAAUGCAAUAAUGAUAGGCAUAAUUCUUGUAUUGAUUAUAUAAACAACGAAUUUAAUAAUGAUGAGUUUGCAAAGUUGAAUAUUUUUACAAUUAUAAAAAAUGAAAUAAUUAAUGUUUUAACAAUUAUAAAGAAACAUGAAUAUAAUAAAAAUUUAGAUUCUAGCAUUAUUGAUGCAUUAUUUAUUUUAUACAAUAGUAUUAAUAAUUUAAAUAAUAGCGGGAAAGAAGAAAUAGAUAUAAAUGAUUUUAAUAAUAAACUUGAUAUUUAUUAUAUAGCACCAUUUUUAAAUAUAAUAAGAAAUAAUAACAUUUUUUAUAAAAUAAAAUUAAAUGCUUUACAUUCACUAUAUCAUAUUUUAAAAUAUAAUAGCAAUAAUUUUAAUGAGAAGGAUUAUGAAGAUAACAUAAACAGUAAACAAAUAUCAUAUAUGUCUAUAGGUAAUGAAGAAGACAUUAACAACAAUCAAAGCGAAAGUGUAAAUAAAAGCGACUUCAUUUUUUCUGAUGAGAAUAAUUUAGUUAAUGUAAAUGAUAGACAUGGUGAAAAUGAAAUACAUUUUAAGAUAAAUGAAAAAAUACAUAAAAAAAAAAAGUAUCAUUUUUUUAAUAGAAAUUAUAAAUUCAAUAAAAAGUAUAAUUCUAGAAAAGAAGAAAAUUCAAAUUUUUUGGUAAAUAAAGGAAAUAAUAUUAUUAAUAUUAGUAUAGAAACCUUAUUAAAUGCACCAAUUAAUUAUAAUAAUGUUAGCCACGAAGAAAUUAUAUUAUAUGAAACUAUAAUAUUAUUUAACAAUAUAAUAUGCAAUGCAAUUAGAAUGGUAGACAAAAAAUAUAUAAUAAAAAUAAUUUGUUAUAUUUUUAAAAUAUAUAAGAACAAUAAAUACUCUUUAUUAUUUAAAGGAAAUUGCGAAUCUCUAUUAGUAAAUGCUUUUUAUGUAAUUAUAAAUAAUUUUAUGAAUAACUUAGAUGAUGACUCUAUAAAUGAUUUAUUGAUUAUAGUUUUAAUAUUAAUAAGUAGUAAUAAAAAUAAAUUUAUUUUUGAUAUACUGAAAAAAAAAGAAUAUAUAGAUUUAUAUAAAGAUUUAUUUGAAAAUGAAAUUUCUAAUGAAAAUAUGGAAAGUAUUAAUAUAUUAUCAUUUAGGUUAUUAAAUAUUUUGUUAGAAAUAUGUGGGUGUUCAUUAGUAAACAAAAAUUUGGAUAUAUUAACUAACAUAAUAAGAUGUUUGUUUAUUCACAUUAGCUCUUCCUCAUAUAUACUAAUUUGCAAAUCAAUGAGACUUUAUGUAAAUAUUUUCAUUUUAUACAAAAAGAAUUUUUUUAUUUAUAAUGAAAUUUAUAUGAAUAUUUUAUUAAGCAUACUAAAAAAAAAUUCACAAAAAAAUAUAACUGAAACAGCCUUAUUAACUAUAUCUCAUUUCUGCACAGAAAAUGUUCUAUUUGAAUUAUAUUAUAAUUAUGAUAUUAAUUUAUAUGCAUCUGAUUUAUUAGAGAAUUUCAUUCAGUCAAUAUUGGAAUUGUGCAUAAAUUUUAUUCAAAAUACUACCAUUAUAAAUGAAGUAAUUUUUAAAAUGAUCAAAAGCAUUUUAUAUAUAUCAAGUCCCUAUAAAAUUUGUAACGACAAUAAAAAUAGUUUCUUUUUGAAUGAAUUAAAUAAUAUAGUAUCUGAAACUUCAGGAUAUAAUAGCCAAUUAAUUAGUGAUUUUAAAAGUGAUAUAUAUUCAAAUAGUUAUGGUAAUGUAUUAAAUUCCAAAUUAAAUAAAAGUUUUAUUUUACUUAAAAAUAAAAAUCAUAAGGAAAUGGAAGAUAAAAAAAAAAAACAUAAAAUAAAAAGUGUUGUUAUACAUAAAAGUGCAACAAAGGAAAUUACUGAAAAAGUAAAUAAAGAGGAUAGUAAAUGCUUUUUAAAUAAAAAUAAAAAGGAAAGUCAAGAAAUUGAAAAUGAAAAAAAUAAAAUUUUUUCUAAAAGUGAUGAAUUUACGGAGAAUUUAUCAAAAAACGACGAUUUAAAAAAAAGUAACAUGAAUAAAUUAUACUCUUUAAAUUUUCUGACAUCAAUUAAGGAUGAUGAACAAAUUAGUUUUUGUUCUUUAUUAUUAUUUGAACAUUUAAAAGAGUACAUUAAAGUUCAAUAUAUUAAAAAGAAAAAAAAUAGAAUGCGUAAAAAAAAACUAAGAAAAGAAAUAUUAAAAAAGUCUGCAAAUAUAUUUAAUACAUUAAAAAAUAAAUCUAUUGAUGAACUAAUUAAAGUUAAAAUAAUUGAAACACAAGAAUCUUUCACAAAAAUUGACAAAAUAAAUUCUACCAUUGAUCCACUUGCAACCAAUCAAAAAAAAAAUAUAAUGAAUUGUUCUAGUUUAUCAUACGAGGAAAAAACUUCUAUUAUUAAUGAAGUAGAUUUAGAAAAAGAAAGUAACGAUAAAAAUAAUAAUAAUGCAAACAAUAUAAAAAAUAUUAAUGAUAAUGAAAACAAUGUGAGUAGUUAUUGUGAUAAUAUAAAUGGCAUCAGUAAUAAUAUGAAUAAUACAGAAAGAGAGCAAGAAAAAAGUCAAUGCUAUAAUAGUAAUUUAACCAAAGAAACUAAUCUAGAAGUAAGAGAAAUAAAAAAAAAUUCCGUUAAAGAAAAUGAUAAAUGUAUAGAUUUAAAUAAGUUAAAUGAAGUUAAAAAUGAAGAUAUAAAUGAUGAAAAAAACAAAUGUAUUUCACAUGAUAUAUCAUCAGGAAUUCCCAAUAAAAAUGACGAAUUAAAUAAUAAAAUAGAUCAAAAUAAAAGUGACGAUUCCAAAAAAAUAAAAAGCAAAGAUACCAUUAGUAAAGAAGAUAAAAAUGAAAAAUUACUAAAAGAAGAAGGUGAUAUUAAAGUAGAGAAAGACAAAAAGAAAGAUCAUGCUAAAGAGAAAGAUUAUAGUCUUUUAGAAAGUAAUUCUUCACGAAAUAAUUCCAAGUGGAGUAAUAUUAGCAAUACACAAAAAAAAUUAAUAGAAGAUGAAUAUUUUCUCAGAUCAAUGACAAAAUUUUUGAGAUAUAACCCUUUUUUAGAUAAGGAAUUUAUAGGUGAGUAUAUUUCACACAGGAAAAAUAUAAACAUUUUAAAGCAUUAUGUAAGACUAUUUGAUUUUUGCAAUUUAUCAUUAUUAUCUUCAUUAAGGUUAUUUUUACAUUAUUUUAAAUUACCUGGUGAAGCACAACUAAUUGAAAGAAUAUUAGAACAUUUUAGCUUAUGUUUUUUUUAUUCAAAUCCUAUAUAUGGUGAUUUAGAUAGUGUUUAUAAAAAUGAAAAUAAUAAAAUAGUUUGUUUAUUGAAAGAAGAAGAAUUAUCUAAUAUAAAAAGGUAUAUUCUAAUAGAUUAUUUAAACGAUAACACAAAUGAUAAUAAUAAUGAUAAAACCAUAACUCAUACGAAUAGCAAUAACAAUGAUGAUACCAAUACAGAUAAAGAUAAUAAUAUGAAUCAUUGUGUGGAUACAUAUAAAAAUAGGUGUGAAUGUGAUAACAGCGAAGAUAACUUUGAAUAUAAUAUUCAAAAAAAAAUAAAUUUAAAAAAAAAUGUUGAUAUAAAAGAUUACGUUCAUAGGAAUGUUUAUUAUAUUUCAAAAAAAAUUCAAUCAAUGAAUGAAGAAGAAAUAAAAAAAAAAUAUGUAAUUGUUGAAAAUAGCGAUGUUAUUUUUAUUUUAACUUAUUCAAUUAUUAUGCUGAAUACAGAUUUGCACAAUAAUCAAGUGAAAAAUAAAAUGAAAUUAGAAGAAUUUAUUAAAAAUAAUAGAGGUAUAAAUAAUGGGAAAAAUAUAGAUAGAAUAUAUUUAGAAAAUUUAUAUAACUGUAUAUUAAAUGAAGAAAUUAAAUUAUUUUCAAACACUCAGAAUUCAUAUACUAAUGAUGAUCAGUAUUGGAGAUUAUUAGAAAAAAAGAAGAAGCAAUAUAAAAAAUAUCAUUCUAUUAAAGAAAGAGAUGCACAUUUCUAUAAAUAUGAUAUAAACAAACUAAUAGUAAGAAAUAAUUUUCUUCAAAUAUUUUUUGAAAUUUUUAGAAGAACUAAUGAUUAUAAUUUAACAGAAAAUUGCUUGUGUAUAUUUAAAAUGUUCAUAAACAAUUUGGCGUUUUAUAAUGAUCUCACAAAUGUUAAUAAAUUAUGUUAUAUAUUUAAAUAUAUAAAUUUUAAUUUAACACAAAAGUCUCAAUUAUUAUUAUAUCUUUUUUUCUAUUUUGUUAAAAAAUGUCACAAUUUAUUUCGUGAUUGUUGGUUUAUAUAUAUAAAUACAAUAUUCAAAUUAGUAUCAAUUGAUCUUAUACCAAUUUUUUUUUAUCUUCAUAUUUAUAUAAAUAAUAACCAGUUUAACAAUGAUAAAGAUUUUUUAAAUGGAAAUUAUAAUAAAGGAAAUUCGUUAGAAACAUAUAAUAUAAAUAAAAGUAUAACAGAAAUAUAUCAACAUCCUUUUUUAGUUUUUAAAAAAAAUGUGAAGAAAUUGAAUAAAUCUAAAUGGAUUGAUGAGUUCAGUAAUAUAUUUUUUUCGAAAAAUAAUAGUAAUGAAAAUAAUAAUUUAUCUAUUAUAUUCAAAGAAAAUUAUUCUGAAAAAAUAGAGGAAGAUAAAAAAAGAAAAAAAAAGAGAGAAGAGAAGCAAGAUCAUUUAAAUAAAGAAAAUGAGAAAAUGAACACACAAAAUAACACAAAAUUUAAAAAAUUAGAAGAUAAUGGAGAAGAUCAUGAUGAUGAUAUUGAAGAAGAUGAAUUAAAUUACAUUUAUGUGAAUAUUAAAGUAGAUCCUAAGAAUGUAGACAAUAGUAUCAUCAUAGACAAUAUAAAUAUUUAUAAAAGAUUAAAAUUAGAUAUUUAUAAUUUUUUUACCUUUAAUGAUUUUUAUAAUAAUAUGAUUACUAAUUUAAAUAUUAGUAGUUUUGUACAUUUAAUAAAAUUUUUAAUAAUUAAGUGCUCAAUUAAUAAAGAAAAUGAAACGAAUAUCUUAAAUUUAGGCAAUAAGGCAGAAUUGAAUAAUCCAUCUUCAAAAUCUCAAAUGGCUAGUAAUAGUUAUUUAAAUAAUGAUAAAUAUAAUGUUGCUUAUAAUAUGCAUGAUCAUAUAAAUGAUUGUAAUCCAGUUUUGGUUAAUUCAGAAAGUUCUUUUGAUUUGUUCUGUUGUAAAAAAGCUAAAACAUUUGCAACUCAAAUAUUAUUUCAAGUUAUAUGUUUUAAGAUUAAUUAUACUUAUGUAUUAUAUAAUAUUUUAUGCAAAUUAAACCUGAAAUACACUAGAAAGAAUAAUUUGAGAAAUAUGGAGAAUAAUAAUCCAUUAUUUGAAAAAUCGCACGAAGACUUUUCCGAUAUUAUGAAUACUGAAAAAUAUUCUGAUCAAUCAGCGCAAGAAAGAAAUAAAACAAAAGAAGUAAAAUUGAAUACAAAAAAAGAAAAAAAAGAGGAAAAAAAGAGAAAUAAUUUUGAUCUUUCUUUAAAUAAUAUAUAUGAUACAGAUAAUUCAAGCAACAGCUCUCUUAGUGAUUCAGUACUUAGUGAUGUGUCUAAUGAUUCAUUUAUUAUUAAAGAAAAUGAAACAUCUAAGAAAGAACUAUAUUUAUAUCUUAAUGAAGGUGAUGAAAAAGAACAAGAAAAUCAAGAAAAUCAAGAAGAAACAAAAAAUUGUAAAAAUUGUUGUGAAUUUAAUAAAGUUUAUGCAUAUGCUGACUACGGAGAUGAUGACGAAGAUGAAGAAGAUGAAGAAGAAAAAGAUAAAGAACAAGGAGAGGAUGAGGUAACUACUGAUAAUAAUUCUGAAGGAAGGAUGGAAUACUGUGAAAAGGCAAAUUUAAAUCACAAUAAAUUUUUAAAUGGAAAAAUAAAUAAAAAUAUUUGUAUGGAUGAAAGGAAAGAAUUUUUAAUUGAUAAAAUUAAAAUAGAUCUUUAUAUGAAAACAUAUAUUAUGCAUUUAAAAAUUAUAGCAAUUACAUUUGAGCAUUUUUUUAAAUUAUUAAAUAACUUUUUAAUAAUAAAUUACAAUGAUGAUAAUAUUUUUACUAAUAUUUAUAAUAGCGUUUUUAAAGAUUACAAAAUGAAAAAUUUAAAAAUUAAGACAGAAAAAGACAUUUCAAAUGAUGAUAGAUAUCGUAUUUAUGACAAAAAUUUUGAAGAAAUAGAUAAAAUUUUAAAUUAUAAAGACGAAAAAAUAGAUAUAACUGAUAUUGAAAAUAAAUUAUUUCUCGUAAGAAGUUCAAGUGAUGAUACAGAAGAAUGGUUAUUUAUUGAGCAGUUAAUUAUGAGCAUAAUGAAUUUCUCCUACAUUUGUUUUAAUAUUUAUAAAGACAAUAAAAAUAAAAUUAGUAAAAGAAAAUUAAAUAAGAUGAAUUACAAUAAUUCUUUCUCAAAAAAGUAUUUGCAAAUUAAAAAAAAAAACAAGAAAUUCUUUUUUCUGUGUGGUAUAUAUUUAAUAUAUAUUCUACAAUUUUUAAAAAAAAAUAUUUUAUAUCGUUUUAUUGAUAAAAUUAUAUAUGUAUUAGAGAAAAUUUCAAAAAAUAUAUAUGUAAACAGCUGCAUAAUAAAUAUAUAUUUACACAUGUUGCAAUUAAUAAUGCCAAAUAAUAUUUUAUGUAAAAAUACAAAUAAUACAAAUAUUUCCCUAAAUGAUAAAGACAUAUAUAUUUAUAUAGAAAAGGCAACUAUAUAUACGGAAAGUAUUAAUAAUAUAAUAAACAACAACAACGUUUUAUUAAAAUUAAACAAUUUUAAUAUUGAAAAUAUCAUUUUAUCAUUGUUACCCUACUUACUAUUUUUUAACAACAAAAAAGAAGAAAUUAAUGCACAUAUAGCUUCUAUUAAUUCAGAAUGUCUACAUAUUAUAUCAAACAUUUAUUAUAAAAGUAUAUAUAUGUAUAUGAAUAAUUCAAAAAAAAAUAAAAUAAAUAAAAAUACUAUUAUGAAUUACGAAAAUAAUGAUAAAACUAAUGUAUACAGAAAAAAUGAAGACCUUGUUUUUGACAAGAUUAUUGAAUUAAAAAAAAUGUACAUUUUUUUAUUAACGUGUUUUGUGCUUUCAUUAGCUUGUUCUUUUAGUUCUAAGAAGACGAGAAGUGAAGCAUACAUAAAAUUGCAACAAUUUUUAUUUAAUGAAAAUUAUAUUUUCAAAAAAGUAAAUAAAAAUGAGAUUAAUAAUAAUAAUCAAAAUGAAAAAAGUGGAUUAGAUGAAAAGUAUGUUUACAAAGACGAAAAAUUAAUAGAUUUAAUAAGUAAUUUUAUUAUAUUACCAUUGAUAACAUAUAAUUAUUACUUUCCUUUUAUAUGUAAAAAUAUGUAUGUAGAAGAAUAUAAUUAUAAUAAAGAGCAAAAGAGUAAAAAGGAGAAUGAAGCAAACUAUAGUGAAAAUAAUUCUAUUAAUUGUUUAAUAUCUAAAAAUAAUUAUUGUAAAGAGGCAUUACUUAAUUUUAAUUUGUAUAACAAAAAAAAAGAUAACGAUUUAUCUGAUAAUGUAUUGAAAAAUGAUGAGUAUGAAAACUGUGGAUGCAUUAUUAAUUAUAAAAAUAUAGAAACAAUAGAUCAGGAUUCAAAUAAAUUAAAUAAUUUAUUUAAUUAUGCAAAUGAUUAUUAUAUUCAUACUGUGCUACAUAAGCAAUACAAUUAUUAUUUCAGUUAUUUAUUUGCAAAAAAAAUGUUAUCAUAUGAUAAUGUAUGUUACCGAAAAAGUAUGAGUAUUAGCUUCGUAAGCCAUAUUAUUUUGUCAUUUUUAUAUUCAUUACUUAAUUGUUCAGGAGAUAUGUGUGAUAAUAAUAAUGAUAAUAGCAAUAUUAAUAAUAGAAAUAUUUAUAAUAAUGAUAAACAUAAAUCAACUGAAAUAGAAAAAGAAGAUAAUGAUUCUGUAUUAAAUGACCAAAUUAAAAAUAAUCAUGUAAAUGAUGAAAAUGAAGAAGAAAAUGAUAUCAAUUUAUAUGAAUUGCUAUGUCUAAAUAAUGAAGGAACUUAUAAUAGAAUUGUAACAAAAACAAAAUGUGAAAGUAAUUGUAUUUAUUAUUUUUUGAAACAUUUUUAUCAUGCUUUGUUAACUAUUAAAGAAGAAGCAAAAAAAAUUUUAAAUAUUUAUAAAGAAACGUUCAUAGAGAAUAUUAAAAAUAUUAUAUAUGUUUCUUCAUCAUAUGCAUAUUCGUUAAAAGAUCAUCGAAUUAAUUGUUUCUCUCAUAUUAAAAAUGGUCUAUUUUUUUUAAAUGAAGAAGAAAAAAAUCAUUUAAAGUCUUAUAAUAAACAAAAUAUGGGAAAAAAAAGAAACUCAGAAGGUUUUGAUUUUGAAAAUGAUGUUUUUAAAAAUAUACUCAAAUUGCAAGCUAACGUUAGAAUUAGUAUAUCUAUUGUUUAUUAUAUUCUAUAUUCUGAUAAUAGUCAAAAUAAUCAAUUCAAAAUUAUUUUUGAAGAAUUAUUAAAUGUUUUAUUAACAAAAUAUAAUGAUAAUCCUGAUGAUCUAGAUGAGGUAAAUCAUUGUAUAAAGAAAAAAGAGGUAAUUACAGAAAAAAAAUCAACUGAACAAAGUAGUAUACAAAAUGAAAUUAUAAGAGAUAAGGAAAAUAUAAAUAUGGAACAAGAAGAAAUUAAUAAAGAUAAUAAAAGUGAAGAAAAUAAAAAAAAUAAGGAAAGUAAGAAAAACGAAGAACAUAAAAGAGAUAAAGAAGGUAAGAAAAACAAAGAAAAUAAAAAAGGUAAAGAAAGUAAGAAAGAUAAAGAAAAUAAAAAAGACAAAGAACAUAAAAAAGAAAAGGAAAGUAAAAAAGACAAUGAUAAAGAAAAAAAUAAAAAUUGA